AUGGGACCCGUACGGCCCAACUCCACACACUCUCCUCAGCCAAGCCGGAGCAGUUUUUACUCGCAUACCAAUCCCUCUCGAACUCAAACGCCCGGUUUGUCAGACCGAGACGAACAGGAGCAAUCGUCGCUUCUGCGCCAUAACCACCCCAGUAUCUACGGCGUUGAGGACCCCAGUCUGUCGUCCGAUUCACUACGCCGCUAUACCCUCCAUGAUCCCGGCGUCACCGUUUUCGCUGCGCCCCCCUACCAAGAGUCCGAGGCGGCCGAAGUCUACGAUGCCACGGGCAUGUCGGAGACGAGCGGGAUAAAACUCGAUACCUUUCAUCAGCCACAGAGCAUCAGUAACCGAUCGGGUCUGCGCCGUUAUGGAACCCGUAAGAUCAACCUCGUGCAGGGCUCCGUCCUGAGCGUCGACUAUCCGGUGCCUAGUGCCAUUCAAAAUGCUAUUCAACCCGAAUAUCGUGAAGCGGAGGAGGCGUUCUCGGAAGAAUUUACGCAUAUGCGGUAUACGGCGGCCACUUGUGACCCAGACGAAUUUACCCUGCGAAACGGAUAUAACCUGCGCCCGGCCAUUUACAACCGUCACACCGAGCUGCUGAUCGCCAUCACUUACUACAAUGAAGACAAAGUUCUGACCGCCCGAACCCUGCACGGCGUGAUGCAGAAUGUGCGCGAUAUCGUCAACUUGAAAAAGUCUGAAUUCUGGAACAAGGGAGGUCCCGCCUGGCAGAAAAUCGUCGUAUGUCUUGUCUUUGAUGGAAUCGAGCCGUGCGACAAGAACACACUGGAUGUGUUGGCCACGGUCGGAAUUUACCAAGAUGGCGUGAUGAAAAAGGACGUCGACGGCCGGGAAACGGUCGCUCAUGUUUUCGAAUAUACCACGCAGUUGUCCGUCACCGCAAACCAACAGUUGGUUCGCCCGCAAGGCAACGACCCCUCCAAUCUCCCCCCGGUCCAGAUGAUUUUCUGUCUCAAACAGAAGAACAGCAAGAAGAUCAACUCUCACCGCUGGCUCUUCAACGCCUUUAGUCGAAUUCUGAACCCGGAAGUCUGCAUUCUGAUCGACGCGGGAACCAAACCCGGCAAGAAAUCGCUACUGGCCCUCUGGGAAUCUUUCUAUAACGAUAAAAACCUCGGUGGCUCGUGUGGUGAGAUUCAUGCUAUGUUAGGAAAGGGCUGGCGGAAGGUCCUGAAUCCGCUAGUCGCCUCGCAGAACUUCGAGUAUAAGAUCUCCAAUAUUCUGGACAAACCGCUAGAAAGUGCCUUCGGCUAUGUCAGUGUGUUACCCGGUGCUUUCUCAGCGUACCGCUAUCGCGCCAUUAUGGGCCGCCCCUUGGAGCAGUAUUUCCACGGAGAUCACACGCUCUCGAAGCGUCUCGGAAAGAAAGGUAUCGAGGGUAUGAAUAUUUUCAAAAAGAACAUGUUCUUAGCCGAAGAUCGAAUCUUGUGUUUUGAGCUGGUGGCUAAGGCCGGUUAUAAAUGGCAUUUAUCGUACGUCAAGGCAUCUAAAGGUGAAACAGACGUGCCGGAGGGUUCGGCCGAAUUUAUCGGUCAGCGACGACGUUGGUUGAACGGCUCCUUCGCCGCCGGUUUGUACGCCAUGAUGCACUUCGGACGAAUCUAUCGCAGUGGACACAGCUUUAUUCGCAUGUUUUUCUUGCAUAUUCAAAUGAUCUAUAACUUCUGUCAACUGAUCAUGACCUGGUUCUCUCUCUCAUCCUACUGGCUCACCAGUUCGGUGAUUAUGGAUCUCGUCGGUACGCCUGCUGCCGCUAACCAGAACAAGGGAUGGCCGUUCGGCAAUGAUGCUUCCCCCAUCAUCAACACCUUCCUCAAAUACGGCUAUAUCUUCUGUUUGAUGCUGCAGUUCAUCCUGGCGUUGGGAAACCGACCGAAAGGAACACGACUGCCUUACACCCUCUCUUUCCUUUACUUCUCCAUCGUUCAGAUAUAUAUUUUGGUCCUGUCGUUCUACCUGGUCGCUAAUGCUUUCACGGGUGGCAUGAUGGACUUUGAUUUUGACCACGGCGCGAGCGGGUUCUUCUCGUCGUUCUUCGCUUCCGAUAGCGGUGGUAUUGUCCUGAUCGCCUUAGUUUCGACCUACGGCAUCUAUGUCAUUGCUAGUCUGCUCUACGGUGACCCAUGGCACAUUCUCACCAGUUCGUGGGCCUACUUCUUCGGUAUGACGACCUCGAUCAACAUUCUGAUGGUGUAUGCCUUCUGCAACUGGCAUGAUGUCUCCUGGGGUACCAAAGGGUCCGAUAAGGCCGAAGCCUUGCCAUCGGCGCAGACGAAGAAGGAAGACGGCAGCAAGCAGCAGUUCAUUGAGGAAGUGGAUAAGCCGCAAGCGGAUAUUGACAGCCAAUUCGAGGCGACAGUCAAGCGUGCCCUGACGCCGUGGGUGGAACCAGAAGAAGAGGAAUCCACCAGUCUGGACGAUUCAUACAAGAACUUCCGUACGAUGCUUGUGCUGCUCUGGGUGUUUAGUAACCUGAUUGUGGCUCUGUUGAUUACGGCCACCGGUGUCAAUUCUCUGUGUUUGACGAACACCUCCACCACGAGAACCUCGUGGUAUUUCCGAGUCAUCCUGUGGGCCACGGCUGGACUGUCAUUCUUCCGAUUCAUUGGGUCCAUGUAUUUCUUGGCCAAGUCGGGUAUUAUGUGCUGCGUAAGCCGCCGUUAA